AUGUCUGCCUCCCCGCAGCUCACGCGCGAGCUCUCCGAGGACCUUCUCGCCGGCCGGUACGAGUGCAUCGUCUGCUCUGAGCCCAUCGGUCACCGACACGAGCUUUGGGCCUGUUCCUGCUGUUAUGGCGUCUUUCACUUGCCAUGCAUCCGCUUCUGGGCGGACAGCCAAACGAAAGAGCGCGAUCGGCAGCUGCGGUCCACUUCCGGCGUCGCCGCCCAAGGGGAGCUGGGCCGCUUCCGCUGCCCUCUUUGCCAGUCCUUCAACGAAAUGGAUAGCUUGGCUGUCUACCGCUGCUAUUGCGGAAAGACGGCGAAGCCGCCCGUGGACGCGAUGCUCGUGCCCGGUAGCUGUGGCCAACCGUGCGAGCGGCGCCAGGCAGAUCCCUGCUGUCCUCACAGGUGCACGCUGCUGUGCCAUCCUGGGCCGUGCCCAGCCUGCACGCGUGUUCGUGAGCAGGCAUGCUGGUGUGGCAAGCACUCCAAGACGGUGGGUUGCUCGAGUAGCAUUCACGGGUACGAGUGUAACGAGACCUGCGGGAAGCUGCUGGAUUGCGGGGAGCAUCGCUGCAAGGCGCCGUGCCACGAAGGUGUCUGCCCAGUCUGCACGGUGAUGGUUACGGAGAAGUGUUACUGCGGGGCUACGGUGCGCACGCGGCGGUGCGGGGCUGCUCCGCCUGCCUUCGCCGGUGCUGCUGCGACAGCAGCUGCGGACGACAGCGCUGCAGGUGACGCGGGUGCCGGCGCGAGUGUCAGCGGCUUCCGUUGCGCGCACCACUGCGAAAAGAAGCGCGAUUGCGACCAACACGUGUGCGGUAUGCUGUGCCACCCCGGCUUGUGCGAGAAGUGCUAUCGCACCCCACAGCGCCAGAAGUUCUGUCCGUGUGGCAAAACGCGGGUGCAGGUAGAGCGAACGUCGUGUAUGGACCCCGUACCGUCAUGUGGGCUCACGUGCGAGCUGCCACUGCCGUGUGGUCACCUGUGCUGGCUGACGUGUCACGACGAAACACCGUGCGCACCGUGCAAGGAGACGGUGACGGUGCCGUGCGCGUGUGGCAGCCGCCACGUAUCCUGCCCCUGCUUCUGCCGAUACCUGCCGGAGUCUGAGUGGGAGGCGGCACGCGUGCAGUGUGGUUUGCCAACCGGCUCACUGCCUGUGUCGGUGCCUCCCAGCUGCAAUCAAGUGUGCCGUCGCAUGUUGUCUUGCCACAAGCAUCGCUGCACCAAGACGUGCUGUACCGACGCGGAACACACGUGUCUGCAGAUAUGCAUUCGAAAGCUCGCGUGUGGUGUGCAUCAGUGCGGGCGACUCUGCCACCAAGGCACGUGCCCCCCAUGCACCCACGUCUCGUACGAGCGCCUCUACUGCCGAUGCCGGAAGACGUGGGUGGACCCGCCGGUGCCGUGCGGGACGCGGCCGCCGCAGUGCAACCAUCCCUGCAGCAUCCCGCGUCCGUGUGGGCACCCGCCAAACCACCCAUGCCACAUCGAGGCUGAGUGCCCCAAGUGUGUCGUUCUGGAAGAGAAGCUGUGCGCGUCACACCAAAAGUCGAUGCCGUUCCACAUGCCAUGCUACAAGAAGGAGAUUUCGUGUGGACGGAAGUGCGGCAAGAACCUGCCCUGCUGUGGCAAGUUCUGUGAUCUCGUGUGCCACAUCGGGCCAUGCGAGCACAACUGCGCGAAGAGCUUCCCGACGCUGGCCGAUGUCUUGAAGCGCGGCAAGGGUGCGGCGGCGUGA